UCUAAACAAAAAUGGAAUCCGAGCCGGUAAUUGUGGUAGAUCAAGAAAACUGUAUUAAUGAAGAAGACGAAGAUAUAGAUGAUGUGGCCGGAAAUGGGCAAGGAUGUCCCGACACUCCUCCUCAGGAUCCUUUUUUUCUAUCACCUUUUAGAGACAUGCGGAAACGUUCAUUACCGACACCACAAUGCACAUCGGGAAUAACUGCUAGUCAAGUGCGGAGGUUGAGCGAUCAGGGAGCGGCAGGUGCAGCUGCCAGGGAACAGGCUUUCUUAGCCACGUUGACCAAGGCACCGGGGCCCUAUACCCCGGGUCGCCGACAUUCGGUCAUCACGAUAUCAAAAGCGCCCAUGCCAUUGUUCGGCCGCAACAGGCGCGAAUCGAUUGCAGCGUUCCCCAGCAAGGGUCCGAGGGUGAACCGCAGGGACUCAGCCGGUGGUGCCACGCCGUCUCCCACCGGUAGCCAAUUCAACUUGCAGCUGGACAUCAUGGACGACAUAGCAGACAUCAAGGCGGCGCGGAAGGUCAGGAUGAAGAUGUGGCAAACCGAGGACAAGGAAAAGAUGUACGAACUUCAAUCGAUAGACGGUGAAAACAAGCAAAUGUCCAGGUUCAAGGAGGCCAGGAGGUAUUCUAACAUCGACGUUUGCGAUAAAAUUGCUGCACCCGUACCGGCUCGGCGGCGGGCGUCGGAGCUACCUCCAAACUCGACGCUGCAGCCCGCGACCACGGCUGCAACACAAUCUUCCGGGAUCGUGUGUACAAACACCGAUCUACAGUCGAUAAUGAACUCGUUGAAGUCGACGGCAACCAAAGCGUUACAGUCGACCAAAGGUGGUGGCCCGCGGCAACAGGUCAGCAGCAAGACCACAGACAGCCUCCCGACGGCCGUGGCCGGUGAAUUCAACGGCGGUGACCGUCGCCGGGACGUUCUCCGAGCAGCUCGGUCCAACAGCGUGGAUGUGGCCAACAUAGGCGCGGCGGCGGCAAUGGCGGCCACGGCGGCGGGCAACAGCACCAGGAACUGGUUCAGGAAAAUGUCCACCAGGACGGCGACCGUGGUUUCGAUGGCCGGGGGACAGCGGGGAGCCGACGCUGAGUGCGUGGAACAGCGUCUGACUACCGGCGGUGAAUACGUGGUACAAAAGUCACCGGUCGUCGUGACUUUUGCCGACGAACGGCCGAAAGUGUCACUGUUGAUCGAGCCGUCGUCCGGAAGCAAACCGGAAAAGCACUGCGCGGCGCCGCUGUCCCCGCCGCCACUGCCACCGCCAUUGCCGUCGUCGUCGUCGUCGUCGUCCGUAGACAAGAAACCGGCGCCCAACGGUGGUGACGUCGUAGUGUGGGACCGGCCCACCGGUUCGGUGGUGAACGCCGAGGUGUUGGGCACGGCCAUCGAGGGUUUCUUGGCAGCCAAGAAGACGGGUGACAGCGCCGACGCGUCGCCGACCGCCGACGGUGAGCACCACGAACACCUGUCGCAGCAGCAGCCCUCUGGCGGCAAGCCAAUCACCAAAACGUCGGCUGACCCGAACACGCCGGCCCGCACGUGCGACACGUCCAUCUGUUCGUCGCUCAAAGAUCUUUUCGUCAAAUAGCUAUAAGACGGCUCGUGCUGGUCGAUUAGCCUACGUAAUUAAUUCUAUAUUACGAUUAAUUACGACAUAUUGUUAUCAUAUUGACAAUGUGGACUACAAUGUUAUACAUAUUAUAAUAAUGCUCCCAAACAAUAGUCGUGUUUUGAGCAAAUUGUUUACCAGUUUGAGCGAACAAACUAAUACCUAAUUAGUUAAACCGGUAAUCAGGUUGCUGAAAACUGCAUCGUCAAAACACGACUAACGAUACUCUAUCUACCGUGUAAGCGACCUCCACCCCCCAUAUAUUAUACCCGGCAUAUUCCAUCCCGACCACGACCUUUAGUAACUCUCAAAAGGGGGUUUUAUCGAUUCCGCCGUUUUAAUAUCAAUUCCGCCGGCUAUCGACUCCGCCGAGCUUUUUUAUUUAUUGAUUCCGCCGGCUAUCGAUUCCGCCGAACUUUUUUAUUUAUUGAUUCCGCCGGCUAUCGAU